AUGGUACAAGCUCGAGACGAGCUCAAAAUUGUGUUCGAGCUCGGCUCGAGUCUUGUUUUACGAGCUCUAGCUCGGCUCGUUCAAUUCGAAAAUUUGAACGAACUCACGAGUUCGAAUUCGAGCUCGAACAAGAAUGAUAAGAAAGUAGAUUUGUUUCACAACUGCCUCUUGCAUCGUCAUAGUCGCAUAGUCACAGGUUCAUUGUAUAGGAGAACACAAGCCCCUAAUGUCCCACUCACUACUGUGAGUCAGGAGACUCAAUCAAUUGUUGUGAAUACUGGUGGUGAUGGUCUUGAUGAUGAUUCUGAUGAGGUAUUAGAUGCAUUCAUGGAGAGUUUACAACAAAAUGAUGUUGGCAUAGAUGGUGUUGAUGUUAUAGAUGGGGUAGGGGAAGAGUUAGAUGCAGAAGGCAGUGAUAAGGGUGAAGGAGAAGGGGAUGGAUCAUCUGAUGAUGAUUCAGACUUCAAGGUGGUUUAUGAAUCAGAUAAUGAGGAUAUUUUGUUGUAUGAGUCUGAUAGUGAUAAUGAGGUUAGGAUGCGUACGGCUGGAAAUGCUAGGUAUGAUCCUAAGGUAGUUGCUGAGCAGUAUAUAUUUGAGCUUGGGAUGGAGUUUAAAACAAUUUUCGAGUUUAAAAAUGCUGUGAGGAGUUAUGCUGUUGAUGGAGGUUAUCAAAUUCAUUUUGUUAGGAAUGAGAAAAAUAGGUGUCAAGCCAAGUGUGUUGUUGGAUGUCCUUGGAAUAUUUGGUGCUCCAAAAUAAGGGGUCAAGAGACUUUUCAGAUCAAAACAUACGUGAGGAGACAUAAGUGUAAUAGGAGGUUGCCAAAUAAACAAGCCAAUAGUUCAUGGCUUUCUCUCAGGUUGGUGGACAAGGUCAGAGGUGAUCCUAAGAUUAGUGCUAGUGCAUUGGUGACCUAUGUGAAAGAAAAAAUGUCUCUGUCCAUUUCAAGAACACAUGCUUAUAGGAGUAAGACCAAGGCAUUGGAAAUUAUCGAUGGCAAGCACAAGGAACAAUAUGGAAAAUUGAGAAGCUACAUGGCUGAGAUAUUAAGGACUAACAGUGGCAGUACUUGCAACAUAAUUGUAGACAGGGAGAGGCCAGAAGAUCCUACAGUGUUCAAGAGAGCAUAUAUGUGUUUGGCCCCAUUGAGGGAUGGAUUCCUUGCAGGUUGUAGACCUUUGAUUGGCCUAGAUGGUUGUUUUUUGAAGACAGCUUAUGGUGGACAACUACUGACAGCUGUUGCACAUGAUGGAUGUAAUGGAAUUUUUCCAAUAGCUUGGGCUGUAGUUGAAAACGAAAAUGGAGAUUCUUGGGAUUGGUUUCUUAGAAAGUUGUUGGUUGAUAUUGGAGGAAUUGAAAGUAGGAGAUGGUGCUUCAUCUCUGAUAGACAGAAGGGCUUAGUGCAAGCCAUUGAAGGUCUAGGGAGAGGUAUAGAACACAGGUUCUGCGUUCGACAUAUCUAUGCCAAUUUCAGUAAGCGAUGGCCAGGAGCCCAUUAUAGGAAGCUAGUUUUUGAUUGUGCAAAGGCCACUACAAUGCAAGUGUUUCAUGCAUAAAUGGAUAAAAUCAAAGGACUCGAUGAAGCAGCAUGGAAGUACUUGAAUGAUAUUCCUCCGUAUUUAUGGACAAGGGCUGCAUUCUCAACAUAUUCCAA